UUACUAAGCUGCCGAUUGCUGUUGGCCUSWGUGUGUGCACAUCACGUCACACCUUUCCGUGUCAUUGUUCAGCGUGAUGUUUGUAAAUUUAUAGAGCUCCUUGUGCAACAGGCGUAAUUGAUAGAUCCGAAGAAGACAUCCAUUAGCAUAAAUAGGAGUUAAGAUUGGAGCUCUUGGCACCUACACGAUCAGUAUCGACUGUCCUGCUGAGUAAAUAGCUCUGAGGAGGAGGAGGAGGGAGGCUUCCAGCAUCCUGUUUGGAAGACAGGUCACAAUGGUUUCCAUUCCUGAAUAUUAUGAAGGAAAGAAUAUCCUCCUGACAGGAGCUACAGGCUUCAUGGGAAAAGUGCUUUUGGAAAAGCUGCUCAGAUCCUGUCCUAAAGUGAAAGCAGUGUACGUUCUGGUGAGAAACAAAGCAGGGCAGACACCUGAAACACGAAUAGAAGAAAUUACCAGCUGUAAGCUCUUUGACAGRUUGAGAGAAGAGCAACCAGACUUCAAAGCAAAAAUAAUAGUAGUUAUGAGUGAACUUACACAGCCUGAACUGGAUCUUAGUGAACCAAUCAAGGAAAAACUUAUAGAAUGCAUUAAUAUUAUCUUUCAUUGUGCUGCUACYGUCAGAUUCAAUGAAACACUAAGAGAUGCAGUGCAGUUAAAUGUGAUUGCCACACAACAGCUCAUCUCCUUGGCACAGAGAAUGAAGAAUCUGGAGGUGUUCAUGCACGUUUCCACUGCCUAUGCAUACUGCAAUCGGAAACAGAUUGAGGAAGUCGUGUACCCACCUCCUGUGGAUCCCAGGAAACUCAUMGAUUCUCUUGAGUGGAUGGAUGAUGACCUAGUGAAUGAUAUUACUCCUAAACUGUUGGGCAAAAGACCUAAUACCUACACGUACACAAAAGCCUUAGCUGAAUCUGUGGUGCAGCAAGARGGUGCAAAGUUAAACAUUGCCAUUGUGAGGCCGUCCAUCAUUGGUGCCAGCUGGAAGGAGCCUUUUCCUGGCUGGAUUGAUAACUUCAAUGGACCUAGUGGUAUCUUCAUUGCUGCAGGAAAAGGAAUUCUUCGAACAAUGAGAGCUUCCAACAAUGCAUUAGCAGAUCUUGUUCCAGUAGAUGUUGUUGUCAAUGCCACACUUGCUGCAGCCUGGUAUUCUGGAAUUAAUAGACCAAGAAAAGUCAUGGUGUAUAACUGUACAACAGGUGGCACCAAUCCUUUCCACUGGAGUGAAGUUGAAUACCAUGUAAUUUCCACUUUCAAGAGGAAYCCUCUCGAACAGGCCUUCAGACGGCCCAAUGUAAAUCUAACUUCCAAUCACCUUUUAUACCAUUACUGGAUUGCUGUGAGCCACAAGGCUCCAGCAUUCCUGUAUGACACCUACCUCAGGAUUACUGGAAGAAGCCCAAGGAUGAUGAAGACAAUAACACGUCUUCAYAAGUCCAUGAUGUUAUUAGAAUAUUUUACAAACAAUUCUUGGAUCUGGAGCACUGAAAACAUGACUAUGCUGAUGAACCAGCUAACCCCUGAAGAYAAAAAGACGUUUAAUUUUGAUGUUCGACAACUACACUGGGCAGAAUAUAUGGAAAAUUACUGCAUGGGAACAAAGAAAUAUGUGCUGAAUGAAGAAAUGUCAGGCCUCCCUGCAGCUAGGAAACACUUGAAUAAGUUGAGGAACAUUCGCUACGGCUUCAACACCAUCCUGGUGAUCCUGAUCUGGCGGAUCUUCAUUGCRAGGUCACAAAUGGCAAGAAACAUCUGGUACUUUGUGGUCAGUCUGUGCUACAAGUUCCUGUCCUACUUCAGAGCCUCCAGUACCAUGAGAUACUGAGCAGGAGAAUUUAGCAUUAGGACAUCUAUGCAUAUGGUGGUCUAACUGCACAAACCCUGUAACCUGUAGUCAUCUCACAUUUCCUAAAAGCGUAAUUUCAUUUUUCAUUGAAAAACGGUUUGGUAUUUGUGAUGUUAGCUGUGUACCUUCCUGGAAAUGGAGCAAAUCAAAAGGGCAAGUGCCACACUGAAUUGGCAUUAAAAAAGCAUUUAGACAACUUUGGCUCUUUGACCUGGGGAAGACAUAUUAGACCACUGACCAACAUAACUGUGCAAUUGGGAACGUGUUUGAUUGGAAUCUGCCUUAACAUCAGAUCUUUCUUUUGAGUUUUACUCCACAUUGAGCAAGAUAAAUAUUGACUUAGUAGAUAUUAGUUGCUGUAGAUCUAUUUAUUUGAAAUUCUUCUAAAUUACAAAGGGUUUUGCAAGUUGCAAAAAGUGUAUAAAUGACAGUAGAUCUCCUGAAAUAAAAUAAUCGAGGACUUUUGUAAUUUGUCUUUAUGUUUUGCCACUUCUUCCCUUCCCCUCAAAGCAGGGAUGCAACAAUGGUGCCUCCUUUGUUUUAAAAAUGAACCAACCUUCCUUAAUUACUGAAAAACCUUUUGUAUGAUCUGGGCUUCAGAAUGCACUUUGUGAUUUGGUUCUGUGCUUGAACCUGGCUUGAACUUGCAAUGUCAGCAUGAACAAUUUGCUUCUCUGAAAGCAGAAAAAAUGAAAUGUAACCCAGAGAGGGGCAAAUAAAAUCAUUCACUGUCCUCUUUUUAAUGAUUUUUUUUUAAUUGAGAACACAGAGCCAGCACUUGAUUGUUACACUUCUGACUUCAAAGGGUAAAAGUAAUGAAAAGGAAUUUAUUAUGCUUAGUUGCUAUUUAUAUUGCUGGGAAGGGUAGCUGGAAAACCUGUAGACUUUCAUUAAGAGAUAUACCUGGUUUUAGGUUGCAAGCCAUGUUAGCAAAUACUUCAAGAAUUGAUAAUUUUUUUAAAUCUCUGAGUUGUUAAAUUUGAUGCAUGGACAACACCAAUGCACAAUUUCUUAUCCCUGUCCYAAUAAAACCCCAGAGUAAGAUGCACCUUGCUCCAAAAUCAAUAGAUUUUAACAGUUCUUCCCCCUGUCUUUUAACUUAAAUUAUUAGGUUGAAACCUGAAGAAAUCUGGAGCUUUUUCUGCAUGUAACUUCGUUUCAUGCAGGGAAAACAUUUGUAGAAAURGGAAGUUGUAAGAAAAAAUGGAAUCCUUGUUUAAUCCAAGUCAAUUUGGAAGAUCCCUCUAAGUUUUGGUUGCACAGAUUUGAGAAUGCUGUAGUGCUCCUCUAAUUGAUGCAGACCCUUGCCCAGUGUCUGUUCAUUCAAAUCAGUUUGUACUGAUGAAAUUGUGCUUGAAUUGGCCUGGGAAGGCAAAUAAUGAUUAAAUCACACAAGAACUGCAUUAUACUUGCCCUUAGUAGUUUUUUGUCCUAUUGAAUUAAAUUUGUAAAGAACUUAUUUUGCUAUUCUUCCAAAAACUCUUACUUUAAAGGGAACACCUUUGCUGCAGGUGUAUAUCUCAUUUUGAAAAGAUAAUGGCUUCCUUGUCGAAGCUAAAUAUUCUGUAUGAAGUAGUUAAGCUGUAAUUCCUUUUKAAAAUUACUGGUGUAUAUAUAAAGCUAGUGGUGAAAAGCCUGAAAGGUCUAGGACCACACCUGGUGUGAGAGACCUCUGAUGUGGCUGAAAUAAAUGAAGGCUUCUGUGCUUGGAGAUAUUACACUUUAACAGAUACAGUAGUGAAUUAAAUUUUCAGCUGCCUCCCCAAUAUCUUCCUAGAGCUGAAAGUCUGCUUAAGCAUUCCUGAAUUACAGACUUUUCUGUCAGCAGAGGGGCCUCCUGUCCAGUGACACCCCUUGUCCCAUCUUGGCAUGUGGCUGAAAGACAAAUACAUCCUAUUCUGAAAGUUAUUCUGUGAAACAAUUCACUUGUAGUUGUUUCUAACUMUAAAUAUAAUAUAUAAACCUUUUAACAUGCUACUUUUAACGUUGAUUUGUUAACACUGAGAUGAACCAUGAAGCCAAUGAACUGAUUAUUUCUGGUCCAAAACACUGCUUAGAAAUUUAGUCUUUUGAAUAAAUUACAAAGAGAUUACUUUAAACCUAAGGAUAUUUAACCUCUAAAUAUUUGCCAAUUUAGAAACCAAUUUUUCCCCUCUUUGGAGACUGUUGUUACACUGAUUUGUCAGUCAUCCUAUUGAACUGACAGUAGAUUGUGUCACAUUUAUUCCUCUCCUUUUGUCCCUUCCUGUGGUCAGUCUGUGAAAUUCUCUCUGGAGCUCUUGGGGUUUUUCCAURUGGGAACCCUGUCCUCUUGCAGUUCUUCACACCAAUGUUUGCACAUAAGGGAUGUUGGUCARAAAUCUGCUGGGAUAUAUUUUGGUUGGGAAAGGCAGACUCAGUGUUUUGACUAGCAAGUUAUCAGCUGGUUAAUAGGAACAGACUGAAAUAACAUUAUUGCUGAACUGUUACUGAUAAUUAAAUUGGGGACCAGGAAAAAAAAUUACAUUUUCCUGUAAUAUUUUUCUCUGCUGUAGGAACAGAUGUUUGGAAACAAAUGCUAAAUCUGUGAGUUUUUUUAAGACAUAAACAGAAAUAUUGGGUGCCUUUGUUUGUAAACCAAAAAUAAACAAAUCCCUUGAAA